AUGGCUCAAUCGGUGGUGAUAAAACUUCAAGAUCGGAUCCGAAAUAUUGACUCAAUCGAAGAUCCAACUGGAGAAUCAAUGCGUGGUUUGGUUCAAGGGGAUUCACAAGAUCUUUGGAUUUGGCACGCGUUUUUUGGACCGCCAGGUACAUUAAACGAUAUCAAUGUUCUUGAUCGCUCACCAGUUUUUGAUGAUAUAUUGCAAGGUCAUGCUCCUACAGUGAAUUACAUGGUCAACGGACAUGUGUAUGAUUUGACUUACUAUCUCACUGAUGGUAUUUAUCCGAAAUGGGCAACUUUUAUACAGUCCAUUUCAUCUCCACAAGGUCCGAAAGCAUCCUUAUUUGCUACACGUCAAGAAGGUGUCCGUAAAGAUGUCGAGCGUGCUUUUGGAGUAUUGCAAGCCCGAUUCGCCAUUGUAAAAAACCCGGCUCUUAUGUGGGAUAAGGUGAAAAUCGGAAAGAUUAUGAGAGCAUGUAUCAUAUUACAUAAUAUGAUCGUAGAAAACGAACGACAUGAGUACACUCAAUUUGAUGUAACAGACUUCAUUCAUGUUGAUACCAACAGAACUUCACAAGUGGAUAUGUCGUAUUCCACAGACAUACCUUCAAAUAUCGGCAAUAUGAUGGAGAUUCGAAGUCAAGUUCGUGAUCGAACAAAACAUCAGCUUUUGAAAGCUGAUUUGGUUGAACAUAUAUGGCAGAAAUUUGGUACAAAUCAAUAUUACGACUAG